AUGCCCGGACAACAUAUUCAGCGAGUGCGGAACGUCUCGUUUUUUUGUCUGACGCGCCGACUUCCGAAUGAUAUCGCACUUGCUCAAGGCAUGGUCGAUGCGUCAGAGACGAGCUCAUCGACUGACGACCCGUGUGCGGCAAUUCGAAAGUAUAUGACGGCUGGCUCUUUUUAUUUCUCACGUGGACCGUACGAUAUCACGCAGCGUGUGCAGACACACGGAACAACGCCUGGUCUCUUUCAUGCCCAGUUCCUGUGGAACGCGUCCAUGAUGGAGCCGAUCGAGACGUUUGUCUCUCGACUAGAGGCGCAUCGAAAAGAAGCUCUGGAGUGCGAUCAUUUUUUCCUGUACGUAAUCCAAGGGUAUGUGGGCGUGCAAACAAUUCCAUCGGUGAUUCCAUGUCGACUUGCGGUCGUAAGUCGCCUCAGCUCAAGUCGAGCUGGUACGCGGUUCAAUGCACGUGGGAUUGAUGAUGAAGGAAACGCCGCAAACUUUGUCGAGACGGAAACGGUUCUGGUUGCUGAUGACGUCGUGUUUGCCUUUACACAGGUGCGUGGCUCCGUGCCUGUAUUCUGGGAGCAGCAAGGUCUACAGGCCCUUAAUACACGCAUACAAAUCACACGCACCGGUGCCGCUUCGCUCCCAGGAUUUCUCUCACACAUGGAUCAGCUGUUUGAUGAGUAUCGGCGCGUAUUUGUGCUUGACCUUCUCGGCACCCGCGAUGUGGAAACAACACUCGCUCAGGCAUACGUCCAACAUUUGCGUGCGAUCUACGACACACGUCCUGUCAAGUAUCAUAACUUUGACUUUCAUGGCGUCUCGAAAGCGAUGGGUGGGAUCGAGGGUGUGAAGACGGAGCUCGAUCGGCUCAACAAUGUCCAGACACAGCGCCAGUACAAUCGGUAUGCACUCCUAUACCACGGCAAGGUCUUGGAGAGACAAACGGGCGUGUUCCGCAUCAACUGUUUCGACUGUCUAGACCGCACGAAUGUCGUGGAAGGCAUGCUAUCACAUGCAGCGCUCCGCGACUUUUUCCGCGAGCUCAAGUACAACAACCGAUCGGUCCCCACACUGGAAAAGAUUAGCGCCGAGACAAGUAUGCCUAAUGCGAUUUGGCAAGCACACCGAGAACUUUGGGCUAACAACGGCGACGCGCUCUCGGUCAUUAGCACAGGCACAGGCUCCCUCAAUUCCAACUUUAUGCGCACUGGCACGCGCAAAGGCCUUACGGGUCUUUUGAGCGAUGCAGCAAAAAGUGCGAGUCGCAUGUACGUCAACAAUUUUCAGGACCAGUCGAAACAAGAGGCAAUCGAUACGCUGCUGGGCGCACGAAGCGGUCAGAGACGUAUUGAACUAUACGAUCCACGGUACUCGCGAGUCUCCGAGGCUUUAGAGCGACGCUGGGCUGAGUAUGCAAGCGUACACAGCAUGAACGUGUUUGUUGGGACAUACAACGUGUGCACACGGGCACCGCAAGGGCUGGAUAUGCGCUCUUGGCUGUGCCCCUCGACGUAUCAUCAGGCACCAGCCGAUAUUGUUGCAAUUGUAUUGGAAGAACUCGUGCCGCUCAAUGCGCAGCAACUCCUGCAGUCAGCAAAAGAGGAGCUCGAAUCCUGGAAGUUGGCUGUAACCCGGACACUUGAAAGUACAGGCGUCCAAUACGAACUGCUUCGCCAUGAGCUCCUUUUUGGCACCGCGUUGCUUGUGCUUGUGAAAAGCGAUGUGUUGCCGCACGUUAAGAAUGUCGAGGGUACAACCAAAAAGACAGGCUUCCGAGGCAUGAGUGGGAACAAGGGAGGCGUCGCUGUGCGGCUCGAUUUGUUUGACACGAGUGUGUGUUUCGUCGGCUCGCACCUGCCAUCGGGCGCGAGCAACUAUGAGGAUCGGAAUGCUGACUAUGCGGCAAUUGAGCGCAACCUCGUGUUUAUGCGUGGCCGGACCAUCGAAUCGCAUGAUCACAUCAUUUGGGCGGGGGACUUGAACUACCGUAUUGGAAAUCUAAGCCCUGAGGAUGUGCGCGACUUUGCUUCACGUAAGGUUUUGGCACCACUGCUGGAGGGCGAUCAGCUCACACAUGCACGCAAACUGGGCGAUGCGUUUCCGAACUAUGACGAGGCACCCAUCCAAUUCCCUCCAACGUACAAGUACGAUAUCGGCUCCGACAUAUACGACACGUCUGAGAAGCUGCGACCACCCGCAUGGACAGACCGCAUCCUGUUCAAGUGCAAACUUCCGUCGCUUUAUGUGCGCACACAUGGCUACGAUUGUGCGCCAAUCCGCGUGAGUGACCACCGCCCUGUCUAUGUGCACCUCGAACUGGGCAUCUGUACACUGGAUUCGGCUCACCGCGAUGAAAUUUAUGAAUCGCUUGUGAACGAUAUGAAGGAACAAAGUGAAAAGCAUGGUGAUGAAAUAACUCGCACACUUCUGCCACCACCCUCAACUGACACACAGCAAUGGUGGAACAAGGCGACUGAUACUCCGCUGUCCUCAACGCUCGGCGAUGAUAAAGUGCGGGGAAAUCCCUUCUUGCUCGCACAGACUGGGACCGCAGCCCCUACGACCACACCAGUAUGUUCAAAAAAGGAAGAAGUGGACGUGGCUGCCUCUGGCACGAGCCCGACGGCAAACACCCCGUUGUCACCACCAAAAUCUCGCCGGUCCCCGCCACCAAUUCCUGCUCGUUCUGCUGCUACUGUUGCUGCUGCUCCACCGAUUCCCCCACGUCCAAAUCCUCCUCCACCCCCUUGA